ACCACUGAGCUAAAUCUCUGGCCCCUAUUUUUAUAUUUUAAAGACAAGGUCUUGCUAUAAAGUCUACGCCAGUGAUGGUGAGCCUCUUAGAGCUUUCAAACAGCUGCCUGCCGUAUGUUUGCGGAACUGGAAAGCGCUAGGCGCUCAGGCUGCUGUGAUUACGGCACCACUGGACUGGCUUUCAUUUCUGAGUUCCCGGGGCUAUGUGUGGGCAGGAGCGUGGGAAGGGGAGCCAGGCUGGGGAGGGAGGUCCGACAGCUGCAGGCGGGUGGGGCGGGCCCUGAGCAGCCCCGCUGGGAGGAAUCGGGGUGGUGCUGUGGACACUGCCAAGCUCCAGGAGGACCGGAGACAGCCAAGGCCUGGAGUGGUGGGGUGGGGCAGAAGGCGCUAGAGCUGAGGAUCCGGGCAGGGUGAGGGGCACAGGAACCCUGAGCGAGGAGGAGGAAGGGGCAGCUUCCGGAGCCUCUGGCUGAGGCUGAUGGACCAGCCGUGGGCACGGAGAGGCCAGAAUAUCCUCAUCCUCUGCCCCAUCCUUGUGUGGCUCCCCGUGGAAUUCCACGAUGUCACUGCGUGGGCCUGGGAGGGGGAGGAGGCCCCUGAGACACAGGUGAGGGGCGGCCCAGCAGGUCUUGGGGCCCCACUGCCCGCGUCGCGCCCCCCUGUCAUUACUGUCAUUACUGAGCUUCCCCACGCCGCCUUGGGCCAGGUCUGCACCCGUGCUCUGGUUUCCAUAGCUACCAGGGAGGAAAGGUGCAGGGCCCUGUGACGGUGCAGAUGACAGGCUCUUGGGGAUCCCAGGUGCCCAGACUCAGCACCCCGUCUUCGGGGUCAGAGAGCCAUGAAGCUCAGCCGGGCGCUCCCGGGGGUCCUGGUCCUUUGCCUGUUUGUCGGAGGCAUCUCGGGCAGUGAGGGUCGCUCCCCACCGUCCCCCACAGAGACCAGAGAGGAGGAGAGCCUCCCACCUUUGCCUCUCGGCCCUCCGAUCCCUGGCGAGCCCUGGCCGGGGGCACCGCCUCUCUUCGAGGAUCCUCCCCCUGCAGGCCCCGGCCAUCCCUGGGGAGACCUGCCUGACGGUGGAGUGUGGCCCCCUGAGCCCCCUAGCACGGAUCCCCCCCAGCCUCCCCGGCCUGAUGACCCUUGGCCGGCAGGACCCCAGCCCCCAGAAAACCCCUGGCCACCUGCCCCCGAGGUGGACCACGAGCCCCGUGAGGAACCGGACCUUGACCCGCCCCGGGAAGAACACAGAUAGUGGGGAUCCCCAGGUGACUCGGGCCUCCUGGCAGAGUGCAGCCAGGCCUGUCCCUACCCUUCCGCGUUCUUUUACACUGUUCAAUCUUGCUGAACUCUAUUCCUUUCAUCCCUCAAUUUUAUUCUGAACUCGGUGUCCUCGGUAUUUUGUCCCCUCCUGGGAUGCACAUUUAGCCUGCACAUUCCCCUUCCUUUUUUUCUCUGAAGUCAGUGCACACUCCUACCUCACCCAGUCACCUUCCUCCACUUCCUCCUCCCCAUCCCUGGGACCUGGGACACUGGACAGGGCCAGCAGCAUGUGCUCCCUGCUGCCACCUGGUGGCCUACAUCUGCGACCCUUCAGUAGGCAAGGAUGGCGCUUCUGCGAAAU